AUGUCAACGUCCUCAGCCAGCAAGAAGGUCGACGAGUCCGCCAGUGCCCCGGGAACGUCCAAACCGGACACGGAUGUCUCUGCGGCCAUCCUCGGCGGGGGUGAUGAGGAGGAUUACACGGACGAAGAGGGCGAUGACGACGAUGAGGAUGACGAGGAGCUGGACGAUGGCGAGCCUGGUGCUCCUGGUCUCGAAGCUCUCGUAGGCGAAGAAGAAUUGCCAGAUUCAGAGGACGAUGAGGACUUUGAAGGCGGAGCGGGCGGUGAGGACGAUGACGAUCUCGAAGAAGGCGCAGAAGAGGAAGACGACGUCGUCGAAGGAGAUGACGAUGAAGAGGCAGGGGUGACAUUGGGCAAGAGAGGAAGAGCACAAGAUGGAGGGGAUGAUGACGAUGAGGAGGAAGAGUCGGAGGAACCGGCAAGCAAGAGAUGA